UUCUCCGAUUUCCAGGAGCUCAAUUCAAAUCUCUCACUCUUGUCUUCUCCGAUUGCUCCCUUCCAAAGCAAGCCUCUUAGAAUUCACUGUCUUAUAGAUUGAUGUUCAGGAAUCGGAACCUAGUGAUGGUUUGAUUGCUGCGACUUAGAAACUCGAAUUACGUAAAUUGGAAUUAGGGUAUAAUAAGAAAAUCGUUUCGUGUAUCAAUGGAGGGUGGAGUCGGAUUGACGACGACGCAGCCACAGGGCCAGCCGCCUCCGGUGGCAGAGAAGCUUAAUCAGAAAGUGGUACAGCUUCUGAAUCUGGAGUCGGUGAAGACACGAGCUGUUAGCUUGUUUAAGGCCAUUUCUCGGAUCCUUGAAGAUUUUGACGCUUAUGCUCGAACCAACACCACUCCUAAAUGGCAGGAUAUUCUAGGGCAAUAUUCGAUGGUGAAUCUCGAGCUCUUUAACAUUGUGGAAGCGGUGAAUGAAGUUUCCCAGGCGUUUGUUGUGCUUCCAAAGAACGUCAAUGCUGAAAAUGCUGCAAUUUUGCCGGUUAUGUUGUCCUCUAAAUUACUUCCGGAGAUGGAAACUGACGAUAAUUCCAAGAGAGAGCAGUUGCUUCAAGGCGUUCAGAAUUUGCCUAUACCUAUGCAAAUUGAAAGGCUAAGAGCGAGAAUAGAUAUGAUUGAAGCAGCUUGUAAGAAUGCAGAGGGAGUAUUAGGUGAGACCCGUAAAGCCUAUGGAUUUGGCACCCGUCAAGGCCCAUCUAUGCUUCCAACUAUGGACAAAGGUCAAGCUGCAAAGAUUCAGGAGCAGGAGAAUAUGCUACGAGCUGCUAUAAAUGACGGUGCAGGAACAAGACUGCCCCCAGACCAGAGACGGAUAACCACUGCACUUCCACCACAUCUGGCAGAUGUGCUAAUCGUCAACGAUGCAGGCAAGAAUGCAUUUCAUGUGGCAUCAAACAACAUCAACAGUCAAGGAAAUAUGAUGCAGGUUUCUGGAACGCAAUUUAUGGGAAGAUCAGCUGCAUCUCCAUCUGGUGCUAACUUUGAUAACACAAGAUCUCCCUUGCCAUAUUCCAAUUCUCCUCAAUCGACGGGUAUGGUUAAUGCACCUUCGCCUCAGCAACACCAGCUUCAACAGCAGCAAAGGUCAAAAUUAAUGCAGUUGCCUCAACAUCAACAGCAACUACUUGCACAACAACAACAACAGCUCAGGCAAUCUUCUAUGCAAGGAUUGGGUCAGGGUCAGAUAUCAUCACUUCAAGAUUUGCAUGGGCAAACUCAGCAGAAGUUUCAGACGCUACACGGGCAACAUCAAAUGCCAUAUUCACAGCCAAUGGGCCACCAACAAUUCCAAGCUAGACAGCUCUCAGGUGGACAUAUUCAGCAUAGCAUGUCUCAAGGACAGCUUAAUCCAGCGAUGAACCGUCACUUGAACCAGUUUUCAGGUGGAGCCAAUAGCAAUAUGUUUACUUCUGCACAAGGCUCCCCAAGUAGCCAAAUGAUACCAAACAUGUCAUCGAUACAAUCUCAGACACUUGUUCCUAGAAUGCAGCAAUAUGGAGUUUCGGGAACCAAUCCUCAAAGAAGCCAUGCUUCUCAAAUGUUGGGUGACCAGAUGUAUAACAGUAGUGGAAUGAUGCAAACGCAAUCACAGCAACCGCAACAGCAGCAACAACAGCAAGGAAUCUAUGGAGGAAAUAUGCAGACCAAUCAGCAAACUCUACAGCCCAACAUGUUGCAGAAUGCACAACAAAGACACCAAAACCCUCAAUAACCCCCUUUACUGUAUUUUUAUGACUUUGGGCUUAUUUUAGACCAUUUUGGGCCCUGGUCCAACCCCAUCUAUUUAUGACA